UGCUCGUGAUUCUUCUGGAUGCUUCCGGCGUGUCGCAGAACACACCCCAUUCCUCUCCCGAAGCUUCCACUGUCGCGCUUUAAAUUCCCAACUUCCCACCCAUUUUCUCUGGAAUCAACUGUUUUCAUCUACAUUUUCUCUCAUUUGGUCGCUUGAGCUGUUUCAAUUGUGACGCAGAGCCUUAAUAGUGAUUUCUGAAACUCAGAGGAUGAGCCCAGUGGCAGAUCUGGAUGUGUUGAAUGGGGACUUGGCCGCUACUGUGAGCCAGCUCCUCAAUUUCCCAGAAGCCAUUGAUAAAUUCGCAUUUCCUUCAAGAUCACACCACACCCAUGAACACAAGGGCCUCUCCACCAUUCCUACAGACAUCAUGGACACUCCCAAAGAGUACCUUUUCUACAUGGACGUCCCUGGACUCUGCAAAUCUGAUAUCCAGGUGACUGUUGAAGAUGACAAUACUCUGGUAAUCAGAAGCCAUGGGAAGAGGAAGAGAGAGGAUGGGGAGGAGGAAGGGUGCAAAUACGUAAGGCUUGAAAGGAAGGCUCCCCAGAAGCUGAUGAGGAAGUUCCGGCUGCCGGAAAAUGCCAACACCUCCGCAAUCAGUGCCAAAUGUGAGAAUGGGGUUUUGACUGUGGUCAUAGAGAAGCAUCCUCCUCCUCCAAAGUCCAAGACAGUUGAGGUUAACAUAGCAUAGAGGAGGAGGAUGAAUCUGCAUUUUGUGUUUGGUAAUAUUGGGUAGAUGUUGGGAUUGUGGGUUGUGGCGGGUUGUAUGCCAAGGUGUAGUGGAAGGCUCCUUUGGUCUGGUUGGGGAAAUGUAGUCAAGCCUAGCUUGCAAAUGUGCCAAUGUGUAGAUUCUUAAAGAGGGUAAAUGUAGUGAUCUUUCCAAGUUUGUUAAACUACCAAUUAUUCUUCA